UGCCCAUAUGUUAGACUUGGAGAACGCGUAAGUUAAUCAAUUUAUUGUAUCUUGUAGGUGAUAUGAUACAUGAUUUAAAAAUAAAUCAGGCUUAAUUAAUUUAUAUUUCUUGCGACACUGUUGUUAUUCUCUAUCUCAGAAACAACUAGACCAUGGCAACGGAAGUAGAGACUUCAAAUUCAAGUGAAGUUGGAGCUAAUUUUCCAGUUGGACCUCAACCUGGCGUUAAUUAUCCCCUGAAAGUUUUAUACUGUGGAGAAUGUACUAUGCCUGUUGAGUACUGUGAAUAUUAUCCAGGUUUUGAGAAAUGCAAAGACUGGCUUCAGAAAAACCUACCUGAGGAAUUUAACAAGAGGUUAGAGUUAGAUCAACAAGAAGCUGGCGGAGAGGAUGAGAAAAAGAGACAGAAACGAGGAGGGAAAGGCAUGGUGAAGACUAAAAAGAAAACGGAAAAAGAAAAACAUAUUUGUUUAUCACGUGCUCCUCGAGGAAAAAAGAAAUCUGUAACUGUAGUUUCAGGGCUGAAAACGUUUGACAUUGAUCUCAAGGAGGCUGCCAAGUUUUUUGCUCACAAGUUUUCCUGUGGCUCGUCUGUAACUGGUGAAGACGAACUUGUGAUUCAGGGAGACGUGAAAGAUGACCUUUGUGACAUCAUUAUUGAAAAGUGGCCAGAGGUCAGUACUAAUUAA